GGCACAUUUUAUGUUCUGCAUGCAGCCAAAACAUUAUUUCCAAUUUAGCUUAUAUCUGGCAGAGUCAAAACACUUAUUUACACUCAGCCCCUCACCCUACUCCCAUAACUGAAAGUUCUGCUUAGAAGACUUCUCUUCCCAGAAAGUCCGAGAAGCACGAACGCUUUUUGCUAACAUCCUGCUCCCAAGCACGGAAACCACAGCAGGAGACUGUGUGUAUCUGUAGCACCUGGUAUACAGCAUCUAGAACACACAACUGAACUAAUAAAUAAAGAUGACAGGCGGGAAGAAGAGCGCAGAAUUACUUGUCCGGGAAACGGGUUGGGUGGGAAAGAGCCGGCAACUGGUAAAAAAUGGAAGUACACGCCGGAUCUGAGAAGCUAGGUUCCGCGCCUCGGACUCAUGGAAAAACUGGAUCUGGAUCACUGCAAAGAAUCAGGAAGACUUCGGUAUCAAGUAACUGGUGUCCUAAAACCAAAAAACAAAGUGCGAUGCCGGGGCUACGCUGUUGUGAGAUGCUGUUAUCAGUUCCCGUCACCAACACAGCGGCAGCACCAGGCACAACCGCCAAUCAAAGCGGCCCCACGAGUCCCUCCUUGAACAGGUUCCUUAACUCGUUCAGUCCAACACUGUGCCACAAACUCGCGAAAACCGGCUACCCAGAGCCAGCGUCUUUGCGAGCCUGCGGCCAGCUAGUGCAUGCGCAAAUCCUCUCGCCGUGCGGACCAAUAGCAAUGCGGCAGCGAGUGCUACGCCUGCGCAGUAGGCCUCCGGUCGCCGUUCCCCUUCCCCGGCUCUAGCAGGCCGGCUUCUCUGUCCAAUGCCCACCCGGAGCUGGGAGGAGGAGUCUGCGUAGUGUGCGUGUGAAGAGACUGGGGGAGCUGGCCGGGGCUCGCGGUGUUUGACCCGUCGGUCGUGCGUGAGAGGAAAGGGAAGGAGGAGGUCCCGAAUAGCGGUCGCCGAAAUGUUCCGGUGUGGAGGCCUGGCGGCGGGUGCUUUGAAGCAGAAGCUGGUGCCCUUGGUGCGGACCGUGUGCGUCCGAAGCCCGAGGCAGAGGAACCGGCUCCCAGGCAACUUGUUCCAGCGAUGGCAUGUUCCUCUAGAACUCCAGAUGACAAGACAAAUGGCUAGCUCUGGUGCAUCAGGGGGCAAAAUCGAUAAAUCUGUGUUAGUCCUUAUUGUGGGCUUAUCAACAGUAGGAGCUGGUGCCUAUGCCUACAAGACUAUAAAAGAGGACGAAAAAAGAUACAAUGAAAGAAUUUCAGGGUUAGGGCUGACACCAGAACAGAAAGAGAAAAAGGCCACGUUAUCUGCUUCAGAAGGAGAGGAAGUUCCUCAAGACAAGGCACCAAGUCAUGUUCCUUUCCUGCUAAUUGGUGGAGGCACAGCUGCUUUUGCUGCAGCCAGAUCCAUCCGGGCUCGGGAUCCUGGGGCCAGGGUACUGAUUGUAUCUGAAGAUCCUGAGCUGCCGUACAUGCGACCUCCUCUUUCAAAAGAACUGUGGUUUUCAGAUGACCCAAAUGUCACAAAGACACUGCGAUUCAAACAGUGGAAUGGAAAAGAGAGAAGCAUAUAUUUCCAGCCACCUUCUUUCUAUGUCUCUGCUCAGGACCUGCCUCAUACUGAGAAUGGUGGUGUGGCCGUCCUCACUGGGAAGAAGGUAGUACAGCUGGAUGUGAGAGACAACAUGGUGAAACUUAAUGAUGGCUCUCAAAUAACCUAUGAAAAGUGCUUGAUUGCAACAGGAGGUACUCCAAGAAGUCUGUCUGCCAUUGAUAGGGCUGGAGCAGAGGUGAAGAGUAGAACAACGCUUUUCAGAAAGAUUGGAGACUUUAGAAGCUUGGAGAAGAUUUCACGGGAAGUCAAAUCAAUUACGAUUAUCGGUGGGGGCUUCCUUGGUAGUGAACUGGCCUGUGCUCUUGGCAGAAAGGCUCGAGCCUUGGGCACAGAAGUGAUUCAGCUCUUCCCCGAGAAAGGAAAUAUGGGAAAGAUCCUCCCCGAAUACCUCAGCAACUGGACCAUGGAAAAAGUCAGACGAGAGGGGGUUAAGGUGAUGCCCAAUGCUAUUGUGCAAUCCGUUGGAGUCAGCAGUGGCAAGUUACUUAUCAAGCUGAAAGACGGCAGGAAGGUAGAAACUGACCACAUAGUGGCAGCUGUGGGCCUGGAGCCCAAUGUUGAGUUGGCCAAGACUGGUGGCCUGGAAAUAGACUCAGAUUUUGGUGGCUUCCGGGUAAAUGCAGAGCUACAAGCACGCUCUAACAUCUGGGUGGCAGGAGAUGCUGCAUGCUUCUACGAUAUAAAGUUGGGAAGGAGGCGGGUAGAGCACCAUGAUCACGCUGUUGUGAGUGGAAGAUUGGCUGGAGAAAAUAUGACUGGAGCUGCUAAGCCGUACUGGCAUCAGUCAAUGUUCUGGAGUGAUUUGGGCCCCGAUGUUGGCUAUGAAGCUAUUGGUCUUGUGGACAGUAGUUUGCCCACAGUUGGUGUUUUUGCAAAAGCAACUGCACAAGACAACCCCAAAUCUGCCACAGAGCAGUCAGGAACUGGUAUCCGAUCAGAGAGUGAGACAGAGUCUGAGGCCUCAGAAAUUACUAUUCCUCCCAGCACGCCGGCAGUUCCACAGGCUCCCGUCCAGGGGGAGGACUACGGCAAAGGUGUCAUCUUCUACCUCAGGGACAAAGUGGUCGUGGGGAUUGUGCUAUGGAACAUCUUUAACCGAAUGCCAAUAGCAAGGAAGAUCAUUAAGGACGGUGAGCAGCAUGAAGAUCUCAAUGAAGUAGCCAAACUAUUCAACAUUCAUGAAGACUGAAGCUCCACAGUGGAAUUGGCAAACCCACUGCCGCCCCUGAGAGGAGGUCGAAUGGGUAAAGGAGCAUUUUUUUAUUCAGCAGACUUUCUCUGUGUAUGAGUGUGAAUGAUCAAGUCCUUUGUGAAUAUUUUCAACUAUGUAGGUAAAUUCUUAAUGUUCACAUAGUGAAAUAAAUUCUGAUUCUUCUAAAUUAAA